GCUGCGAGACUGCAAUAAUUUAUUUCUUCUCGUACUUUCUUGAUUUGGUGAGCCUUCCGCCAUUCGUCUUUUACAAUACACCCAAACGCAGCCAACGGUACCUUGGCUCAUUCACUAUAAACUUGACCACCCAUCACUACCAUCACUACCAUCACUACCAUGCCGCCCUCUAGCGACGACGAGAUUCCCCUCUCCAGGCGUGGUGCACACACCUUUGACCUCAACCGCCUCGAAUCUCGCCGGAGAGCAACAUUCGGAAGGGCCGCAGGAGGUACCAGUACCUCCAGCACGAACGAGCCACCCCAACCUGAGAUUAUCCCCAUUCAACGUGGCACUGAGCCAUCAGGUUCCUCUUCUUCGCCAGUGUCCUCCUCAUUGAUUACUGCUACUACCACUGCUUCGUCUUCCGCCACCACUCCGUCAGCCAGUAACCACGAAAAGAACUUCAAGGAGCAGCAACGGCGGAGGCUUAUGUAUCUCCAGGAAACUAGGCAGAACCAGCAGCAACACAAGCGGCAAACGCAGAGCCAGGUCGGUAUCCACCCGCUCUCAAAGUCAUUCACUGCCAACGCCAAGAACCGCGAAGUGUUCGACCUAGACACCCCGCCCCCUCCGUCUCACGUUUUAUCCUCUCCAUCGAACGAGGGGAACACUGCUGCUAGUAUUUUAGAGCAACAGGUACAACAGGAGCAUCAACAGGCUCAACAGGCGCAGAAGGUCCAACAAUAUCAGCAGCAGCCUCAGCAGCAGCAGGGGCACCGACAGCAACAAGACGAUAACGAUAUCGCGAUCAGAGAAGAGAGUCUAGAAGUUCUUGAGAAUUUGGCCUCGAUUGCCUCUGACGACAUGAACAGAGGUAACAGUGGCGGCGGCGGUGCCUUUGGCCGCAAUGACAGAGAUGACAGCAGUAACAACCACGGUAACAACAGCAACAAGAGACGCGCAGAGGUGGACUUAGAGAGACCUACCACUCGUCGACUAUUCUCUGGCAUCACAACACCAGGAAGCAUGUCUGGCUCUAUCUUUGGUUCAUCUGACUCCGUCUUUGGCCCGUCUGGCUCUGGCGUGGGCGUUGGUCCGCAUGCCCCGGCCCCGGGCGCUUCACCCCCUCGGACCCCGACGCGUCCUGCUUCUUUUGACGUUAGAGAGGGACCGGGUAGUGGUGGUGUUGCUGGUGAUCGUGGCGGUGAAAGCCCUUUUUCACCGUUCAGCCAUGGGGCAUCUCCUAUGCCCCAAGCCCCCUUUUCUCAAGCUCCAAAUUUCUUCGACCAACCUCGUACUCCCGGUGCUGUGACCAUGACGGGAGCUGCUCCGCAGAGGGGACAAGUGGCUCCGGAGAGAGGAGAGAGAGCCGGAAGUGUGGCUUCCGUGACGAGCAUCACCUCGCGGAACGGACCCCCGACGGCUAACCCGAGUUUGCCUAAUUUGCCUCCUGAUGGAACCAACUGGCUCACCGGCCGCAUCGUCGUCGUCUCCGUCGGUGCCGAGCGCCGCAAAUGGAAUGUUCACGAACAACUCCUGAGUUACAACUCCCCGUACUUCAAACGUCUCUUCAACCCCGAGCCCGAGCUCGUUGAAGGCUCCUCUUCCUCCUCCGGUAGUAAUCACAACCAAAGCACCGCCGCCGCAAACGCGGCACCCGGAGAACCGAUCGAGGAAGUCUACCUCCCCGCUGCCGAGCCGAAGCUUUUCGCCCUCUUAAUCCGCUGGCUCUACGGCACAGCUUUCGCUACCUCAGGUGGCCAAAAGGUCUUCAAAUUCCCCCCUCCCCAACUCAACCAAAUCACCGUACGCGACUACCUCGGCCUAUACAUCCUCGGCCAAACCGUCCAGCUCCCGGGUCUGCGUAACGCCUGCAUCGAUGUUCUUUACCACUACUACGCCGCCGAGACCGAAGAGGUGCGCGUGCCCGACUUGCACGACGUGCAAUACAUCUUUGAGAACACCAAGCAUGCGCCCGAUUCACAGAUGAGAAGGCUGUUAGUUGCUCAUUGCAUGUUUCAUCUCUUCGGCGCGAAGAGAAGGGGCCCAUUGCCCCCCGACUGGCAGGAGGUUAUAGAGCCACGGUGCACGGUGUCGUUCGAGAUGUUCAAGAUGUUGGCGGACUGGAAAUGGGUGAUUGGCGAGAAUGUACCGACCAUGAAGAUCAAGGCUAGACAUGCGUUUCAUGAGAAGCCGCGGCCCGAGGAGCUGUUGCCGUGGCAUAAGGCGCAGACCCAGGACGAGGCGGGGAUGCCGCUUGUGGGGGUGGUGAAAGCUGAGCCGGUUGAUGAGUAGAGGAGAUGGGCUGGGAACCUUCUUAGGAUGGGGAGAGUGAUGAUGUGGCUGGGCUUUUAUAAAGGUUUGGCCAUCCGGCGUCAGAUAAGAGGGGUGAGCGAAAGAAGAAGGGAAGGAGAUUUGAUGAGGUGUUCAUGACAGAGUGGUUGGUGACAACGGGAGAAUUGAUGGAGGAAGGAGGAUAGGUUGUGCUUGCCCUGCCAGCAAAAGAUGGCCUUUCGAGAAACCGAGCUUUUGAAUUAGAAGAGGAAAGCGCGAUGCCCAUACAUCUGAAGCUGCCAAGCUCUUACCCUAUCAGUUAAAAGGGCUUCAUCAUUCACAGACGGGCAUCAUUAGGGUUUGUCCACUCAAAGAAUUUCGGACGUGGAGGAGCUGAGAUCGUCCAGGAAUCGAAG